UCGUAGUAAAAAACGUAGUAAUACGCGAUGAAGCGAUUAGCGUACAUCUUAAUGAUUAUAUUUGCGGUAAUAGGUAUUCACGCAGAUGAGCCAGAAAGAUUAGUAAAUGCUAUUAACACCAUUAUAGACAAGUUUCCAUUUGCUAUUUCUAUACAAAUAGGGGAAAAGCAUCAUUGUGGUGGUGCUAUAAUCAGUAAACGCUUCAUCUUAACUGCUGCCCAUUGCUUGCAACCAUUCAAAGGGACACCUAUGAUGAAUAAAAUGAAAGUUCUCAGCGGAACUACUACUCUCAAUAACGGUGGAAUUCGUUAUGAUAUCGAAGAUAUAUAUUACCAUGAGAAGUACAACACAGAAAAACUAGUUGAAAACGGGUACGAUAUCGGUUUGAUUAAGUUAAUGAAGGACAUCGAAUUCAAUAAUGUUCAAAAACCUAUAUCGCUACCAAAUUGCGAUGCUCCUGUUGCGGAACGUGCAAAAGUCUUAAUUGUAGCUUGGGGUAGGCUCUUCAACAGAGGUCCCGUAUCGAACGAGUUACAAGUGUUAAAUACUUAUUACAUGACCAAUACUGAAUGUCAGAAAUAUCAUACACAAAUCAUCCCUUCUAUUUCAUUCUGCACUUUCAUAGCGCCCAGUCUAGGAACAUGUAAUGGUGACAGCGGUAGUGCUGUAUUAUACGGUGGUCAGAUUAUUGGUGUUGUUUCUGCCGGAAGGCCUUGCGCCAUGGGUACUCCAGACAUAAAAACAAAAGUUUGCUCUCAUAUGAAUUGGAUUCGAAAUAUCAUGACAAAUUAACUUUUCGGCUAAAUUUAUUGUAAUGUUAUAGAAAAAUAUCUCAUCAGCAUUACUUAUGCAUAUACA